AUGAGCGUCACGACUGAAGGCUCAGAAGAAAUCUCCGUUUCAGUUACUCGAGAGACCAGACAGGCCUCUAAAAUUAAUCAAAUCUGCACGAAAAUUGACAAAAUCUUAACGCAAAAACAAAACCAAACCCUUGUCAAGUUUACCCUUCCCGAGCUAGAUGAAUGUAAUGAAUAUGUACAGCAGGCGGUAUUUGAUAGAUACCACGCUGAAAUGAUUGGGAAGGACUUGUUCAUCAAAAUUGAUGGAGGGCAUAAAACACGAAUUCAAUUCAAAUUAAAUAGUUCAGCCGAUACACAUAAUCCAAAUUGGUUCGUAACACAAGGUACAGAUUGUAAGAUGAUGGAAAAUAAAUAUAAAUCAGAUGUUGGUAUCUGGUUUAAUUGGCCAACUCAUGCACAAUUAUCUAAACCAUACGUUAACGCAUGUCCGCCACCGGAUGUGUAUAUUGAGGUUUUUUAUAAUCGCGACCCCGAUCGUGGAUUCGCGUUUGAAAAACUUACUGUGAUUCAACAAAAUCUUCUUGCGAUAGAAUUUAUUGGAAUCGCAUUGCCGGAUACUCUAGGUCCUGUCCGCCAGAAUCCGAAUCCUGGAGUAGCAUCGGUCCCUGCUACUCCUCUAAAUCCUCCAAAUGUCAGACCUUCUCGCGCACCAUAUUUUGUUUACUGGAAUGGUACCAAUACGGUUUAUUAUAAAAUAGACUGGAAUGAACACUUGGUAUUAUUAUGUGGAUGGACAAUGGAACUAAAUAUUGUACUUGAUACGAUUUCUAGACCAUAA